UAUGAAUGUGUGUCAUUGCGAGUUUAACACGUGACAAACCUCGUUUUCCCGGGAAUUCAGACACGUGACAAUGACGUCUAAUGGAGCGAAGACAGUUUUUCCCGCGAACGACAACACUGAACACGCUCAUUAAGGAAGAAAAGGUAAGAUGUCUUUUCAUAAAAAUAUACAAUAAGAGAUUCUUGACUAAUAAAUCGAUGUUUAGCGUUGUAUUCACUUGUGUUCUUCAUGUCAAUUGUUAGUUGAACCUGUUUAAUUAUGAAGUUGACGAUUAAACAAUUAAGCCAAUUAAGUUUGUGCUUUCCCACUAGUCACAUUUGUGUAUUGAUGGAUAUAAUUCAGUGUAAAUCUUAGAAAUGCAUUAAUAGCAGUACCUAAGGUACCAAAUUUGCUAUUUGUAUUUUAACAUAUUUUGCUUUGAGGACAUUAUCUUUCUGUGGUGAAGUAGAAAUGAAAUAGUUUGGUGUAUAUCAUUAUUUAUAUCUUACCUCUUACUGUAAUACUCCACAAACAUGGAAGCAAAGUGUGAUCACAGUUGUGACCAGUGGGAUUAAACCCCAAUGUAAAUCAACAUUCUGUCAUUAUUUAAUUUGGAGUCUCUCUCUCUCUCUCUCUCUCUCUCUCUCUCUCUCUCUCUCUCUUUUGAUUGAACAAUUCUUUCUAAGAUAUUUUUUACAUUGUAAUUAUGCUUGUUUAUUCCAUUAAUUUUAUAUAAUCGUUUUUUCCCUCAUGAAAAUUGCCCUAUGUGUGGAAUUCAGCAUGCUGGCUAUCCGUAAAAGACGUAGAAGACCUCAGCAGGAUGCUGAAGAUAACAUCAUAUUUGAAACUGAAAAGCCUGGUCUUCAAGAGCAGUACAUCAGCAAAUAUAAAGGCCGUGGCGUUUUCACCACUGAAUCUUUCUGCAGAGGAGACUUUGUUCUUGAAUACAGAGGUGAACUUCUGAGUUCAAAGGAGAGUCUUGAACGAACUAAAAACUACACUGAAACUGAGAGCACAUUCUUGUUUGAUUUUCAGUGGCAUGGAAAAUAUUGGUGUAUGGAUGCAUCCAAGGAAGACAAGUCCCUGGGAAGACUUGUCAACGAUGAGCACAAAAAUCCAACUUGCAAAAUGAGAACUGUUGAAGUGAAGAAAAAGCCUCAUCUUUGUCUAUUUGCUGUACGAGACAUUUUACCAGGUGAAGAAAUCACUUACAACUAUGGCGACUCGGACUGGCCGUGGAGAGCCAAGUCUUUAAAUGAACCGUCAACAGAAUCCAGUGAUGUAAAAUCAGUCAGCAGUUUGGGCCCACAGAAAUCGCAGCGGUUUCAAUCAAGAAUGUCAAAGUUGCGACAACAUCAUGAAGAUUGUUAUAAUCGCUUUAAAAGAGCAGAGACUGAGAGGAAUGAGAGUGAAAAGAAACAUCUCAAGCUAUUGCAUGAUCAGGUCACUAAACAGCUGUCACAAAAGAUUGCUCGGUGA